AUGGUUUCCAUCGAAACCAGAUUCCAUGGUCGUGACGUAAAAUUCAGCCCCUCCAAUCCAGCCCUCCUUGUCGUUGUAGUCUUUGACCCACUCCCUAUCCUCUCUGGUGGACCACUUAAGUGUGGUCACCUUAUCAUCGUCAAUGAGUUCCAAUCCCCCGACAUCAGCAUCGUCUACUACAGCACCUCCGAGGGCCUCAACGAAUGCGCCUGGUCCAAGUUCAACCCCGAAAUCCUCAUUGCUGCAGGCAGCGACACCAAUGUCAAGCUAUGGACCAUUGGCGAAGGAAACCUCCCAACUAUCUACACCUUCGAAGAUGACAAAAAAAUCUAUUCCUCCAUCUGGAGCCCCAAGGAUGGCAAGAUUUUUGCAUGUGCUGGCCAUGGGAUCCUCCACAUCAACGACAUCCGCAUUCCCCGUUUCGUCACUAUAGCUGGAUUUGGUCACGAUGUCCGUUCUUGCGACUGGUGCAAAUACAAUGAAACCCGCAUCGCCACCGUCGAUGAAUUUGAUGGCCACAUCAGGGUAGGGGACAUUAGGUACAGUGUCAACCCUUGCAGUGUCAGUGGCAUUGAGCCUACCAGAGUCAUCAACACGGACAGCAGUCACCUCCGGUACCAGGAGGAGAUCCAGAUCUCAUCAUGUUUGGGAAAUUUGGAGGUGGCGUUGUGGAACUAUCGGGUGGAGGCCCAUCAACAGAGAAGUAUGUUCAUCAUAAGGGACCUGUGCAUGGAUUGA